AUGUCUAAGUUACUCCCGCUGGAUACCAAGGCAUCAACUCAGGUCCAAAUUGUCCACCCGCUCCUGGGGGUCUCAAGGGUCGAUCCGUUGGGUCUAGGAAUCGCCUGGCACAAUACACUUGAAGCCUCAACACUUCUCUCACUUGUCGACCAGAAUGUAUCACUGCCUGGUGUCUUUCCAGCUGCUGGAUAUGUCAAGAUCGUUGCUGAGGCAUCUCUGAAAUGGUCUGGAUCAAGAAUUCUCCGAAAGUUUGAACUUGACGACUUUUUCGUCGAAAACGACAUCACCGUAGCCAGAGGUGAGGACCAAGUUCAGAUAACCCUCGAACUUCAGUCCACUGGCAGCCAUGAAAGACACGGAGACAGGACAGACUUCGUUAAUUUUCGGAUUAGAUCAAAUUGCGGUGGCUCGAACAAGUUGAACGCAAUAGGGUGCUUGCGUCUGAGGAGUUCGGAUGGGUACAAAAGUUUAUCUUUAAUCACGAAGACUGGUGAUCAAGACCUACCGAUCAAACAUAGUCCUAGUCAUAUGACAGGGACUCCAGCUUCAGGCAGAAAGCUUGACAACCCCUCUCCAGUUUCUUAUAACUUUGCGGGAUCAGCAAGAGACCCGACUCUAAUCAACGAGGAAGUGAAUCGAGUGGCACCGCCAUCCUCAAAAACCAUAAAGACUCUUCCAAUGUCUUUUGGUCAAUCUGGGUUUUGGUUCAUGACGCAAUUUAUAGACGAUCCAACCUUUUUUAACGGAACUGUUUCAUUUCUAAUAACAACAAACCUUAACAUCGAGGUCCUUUCAGGCCUCGUGCGGGAAAUGGGUAGACGUCAUGAAGGGCUGAGGACUGCAUUCUUCACUGACGACUCCCACCAGCCUAAACAGGGCAUCUUGAAUGAGUCUCCAUUAUACUUGGAGACGAAGAUCAUCAAGACUCAAGAUCAAGUACGCACGGAAAUCGACGCUAUGAAUAAGCACGUGUACAACCUUGCAAAGGGUGAAACCUUAAGACUCCUUCUUCUCACCGAGUCACCAAUCAGGCAUCAUUUAAUAGUCGGCUAUCACCACAUCAAUAUUGAUGGAAUGAGCAUAAUGGCAAUAACUGACGACCUUAGGCUAACCUAUGAGGGAGCCCAGUUGCCACCGCCGUUCCAACAGAAUGAGUUUGCCAAUAGACAGCAUGAGCUGCUUCGUACUGGGCAUUAUGCAGAUGACAUUAUGUUUUGGAAAAACGAGUUCAAAGAUCUUCCCGAGAUUUUACCCAUUCUACCCCUCUCACCAAACACACUUCGAUCUCGUCCAACCACAAGAACAACUUACCGCCACGUAAGAGCAGAGAGACGCCUAAACUCCGCCACUACUGCUCGACUCCAAGAACUUCGAAAACAAGGAUAUAUACAAUCUCCGUUCAAUUUUUAUGUAACAGUCUUUCAAAUUCUUCUUGGAAGGUUGACUGAAUCCGAGGAUGUUUGUAUUGGCGUUGCUAGCGCAAACAGGCAUAACGAUCCUGGCUCAGACAGCAGUAUUGGCAUAUUCCUGAACCUGUUUCCACUGCGGCUACGUUCACAACUUUCGAAAUCGUUUCUGUCUAUCCUUAAAGAAAACAAAGCGAAUGGUCUGGCUUGCUUGAACCAUUCCGCAGUACCAUUUGACAUCAUUCUAGACGAGGUUGGGGCUGUCCGACACCCCUCCCAUAGCCCUCUCUUCCAAGCAUUUAUCAAUUACAUCCCGGUCAGAGAAAAUAGGUCGUUUGGAGACGGAAUCAUAGAAAAUAGAGAGUAUGAGAUCGGAGAAACCAUGUACGACAUCAUGUUGGCAAUUAUUGACCCACCAGCUGGCGACCCAUGGAUAGCCAUCAUGGUUCAAAAGGAGCUGUACUCGGAGCAUGAAGCGCAAAUCCUGUUGGAUUGUUUCAUAAACCUUGUAGAAGCUUUCACUAAUGAUAUACAUCUCCCUGGGCGUCAACCACAAAUGUUUGAUGAACUCGCGGUUCAUAACGCCAUCAAGUUAGGCCAAGGGCUGAGCCUUGACACUGAACUUGGGCCUCUCAUUGGAUACCUAGACACUAUCUCUGUUAGACUAGUUAAUCAUGUCGCACUCAAGGAUACAUAUGGCGGCAUGCUCUCUUAUGCCGACAUGGUGGAAAAGUCCACUCAAAUUGCCCACGCACUUUCUACCUUGGGCAUCUCCAAUCGAUCUCGAAUUGGAGUUCUCCAAGAUCCCACUGUGGAUUGGAUAUGCUCCAUGCUCGGGAUUUGGCGGUUUGGAGGAAGUUAUGUUCCUCUGGAAGUCACUCAAGUCCACGAUGCGACUCAGUUGCUUUACAAGGAUAUAGAUGUUGCACAAGCUACGCCAGUCAUCAAUGUUGCCACAAUUAGUAAUAGCGGGAAAGCGGUUGCCUCCAAUUUCUACAACGCGGGACCUACGGAUGAGGCGAUUAUACUAUACACCAGCGGUUCUACGGGUACACCAAAGGGAAUUUCUCUACCUCAUCGAAUGGUAACAAACACCAUCAAGGGAUUCCUUGCAAUUUUCCCAAUGAAGCCUCAGACCGUCCUCCAGCAAAUCGCCCUAAGCUUUGAUGUUUCUUGGUGGCAAUCUCUGCUUGGACUUGCUACCGGUGGAACUGUUGUUGUCGCUGGGAAGGACACUCGAAAAGAUCCUAUUGCACUUACCAACCUUAUUGCUUCGCAAAUGAUCUCACUUACGCUUGCAGUACCCUCAGAGGCUACGUCUUGGCUGCAGUAUGGAGACCUGCAACAGCUACGCGCGUCUGCAUGGGAAUGGCACAUAUCUGCUGGUGAAGAAAUUAGCAGCAUCCUUGUUGAGAGGCUAAAAGCUGUGGACAAGCCGGACCUGCGACUCAUGAAUGCUUACGGCCCAGCAGAGACAAUUGUCCCGCAUGCCUACGAAGUUCCAUAUCGGGACCCCAGUUUAGCUCUCUCCUCCAUACCAAUUGGUGUCCCGGGCCAGAUCGUCAUUGGAGGAGCUGGUGUUGCUUCUGGCUAUAUCAACCAAUCAGAGCUUACAGCAGCUAAAUUUCCCCAGGACAUACUUGCUGGCAAUCGGGCUAUCGCAAAUGGAUGGACUCAUGCUCAUUUGAGUGGUGAUCGUGGGUAUAUGAGAGAAGAUGGCGUCUUUGUUGCACUAGGCCGCAUGAAUGGCGAUACGCAAGUCAAAUUACGAGGCCAGCGAUUUGAGCUACGAGAAGUCGAAGCUGCAAUGCUUGCUGUCGGCAAGGGGGAUAUUCUUGAGGCUAUUGCUCAUAUUCGGUACCAAAACGACAAGGAUGCCGCUUCUGCUUUCCUCGCUGCACAUGUUGUCCUUGCAACCGAAAUCCAACAGAAGUAUGGCACAAACGGCCCCGUUAUCGACGGCAUGCUUCGAACCAUGAUCUCUAAUCUCGCUUUGCCACAAUACAUGCGUCCGUCAAUUGUCGUGUCUUUGCCAUCCAUGCCUCUAAACCAUCAUGGAAAGGUUGAUCGAAAACUUCUCUCCAAGUCGCCGCUAAAGAAGACAGCAGAGAUCUCUAAAGCAUUACCCUCCCCGCGACGAAAUACAAACACACAGUUUUUGCGGGACAUUGAAGAAAUAUGGAGAGACGCUUUGGGAGAUCUCGUCGCCGGACAGGCUCUGGACGAAAAUUCUGACUUCUUCCUUGUAGGCGGCAACUCAUUAUUGCUGAUCAAAGUUCAAAACAAGAUUCAUGAGCAAAUUGGUCAAAAUAUCCCCUUGGUGAACUUAUUCGAAGCUAGCACUAUGGGGAAAAUGGCUACCAUACUUGUUGAAAAUCACCACGGGCAUUCUAGGGAACGACCAACGAAGACUUCUACCAGAGAUAAAAUGAAGCAAAUCUGGGUUUCUGUACUCGUCGGUAUCGUGACAGAGGACGAUAUUGGGCUUGACUCUGAUUUCUUUCUGGUUGGUGGCAACUCGCUUCUUCUUAUACGUAUACAGAACGAGGUUCAUAGAGAAUUUGAUGUUCUCCUUCCAUUAGCCAAGUUGUUCGAAGCGAGUACACUGGAGGGGAUGUCGAUGCUCUUAGACACCUUGGUUACUGAAAGCGAUAUUUUCCAUCAAUCUAUCGCCGAUAUCAACUGGCAAGACGAAGUAGCUUUCAAAGAGAUAAGCCCAAGUCUCAUGGCAGGCCUCAGAGAACAUGUUCCAAUUGAUGAGACCUCUGGUGGAAUUACAGUGGCGCUGACUGGGGCAACUGGAUUUCUUGGCAGACACAUCCUGCAGAAGCUUCUUGACGACAGCGUGGUUGAAACAGUGCACUGUAUCGCUGUUCGAAAUACUUCAAAACUCUUGAUUGACUCUCCAAAGGUUUUAGUUCACCCUGGUGAUCUGAGAGACCCAGACCUGGGGCUUAACGAGGAUACUGCAAGGCACAUCUUUUCCAAAGUUUCUGCGAUCAUUCACAAUGGGGCUGACGUCUCAUUUCUUCGAGGUUAUUUGACUCUUCGUACAGCCAAUGUUCUUUCGACCAAAGCACUCGUACGGAUGGCCAUACAAUACUCUGCUGAUAGGCCACUGCCACAUUUCCAUUUCGUCUCAACCGCUGGCGUUGCUCAGCUUGGAACGCGUGAGCUAUACGAAGAGUCACUUCUUGUACCCCAACCCCAAGCGAAUGCAAAUGGUUAUGUUGCGUCGAAGUGGGCAUCAGAGAAAUAUCUUGAAAAUGCGCAUGUCUCUUCCAAGUUGCCUAUCACCAUACACAGGCCAAGCUAUGUUGUUGGACCUGAUGCGCCCCAACUCGACGUUAUGCACAAUAUUCUGAACUUUGCAGAAAGAUUGAGGAGCGUGCCUCGAAUGCCAGCUGUAGAUAGAUGGCUACAGUUUGUGGGAAUCGACGAAGUGGCUCAAGACAUCGCAGUCGACGCGCUGAGCAGAGAAGGUCUUCGAAGAACACAAGUGCAAUAUCGAAACCAUUGUGGCGCAGAGAACGACUGGGUCCGAUUGGAUCAACUUGGAUUGUAUUUAGAGAGACAACACGGUGGGAGCUUUCCCAAAGUCGACUUCACCCAGUGGAUCGACUCCGCGGGGAUGGCUGGGAUGCCAACACAGGUGAAGGCAUACCUCGUCAAUCUUGUAACGAAUAACACCAGUGACCAGAGUUGGAUCUCUCCACGUGUCUUGAAAGGACCGCGUAAUAUGAACGCUCCAUGGAGAAGGCGAGAGAGGCUUUAA